AUGAAGCUCGCUUCGAUCCUUACAUUCACCACAAUUGCCAUCGCAGGCACAGACGCAUGGAGCUUUACAGUCUGGACCGGAAAAGACCAGCACGGAAAGAAACGCCACUACCACAGCAGUGUCGGAGAUAACGACUGCUAUAAUUUCGACAAGGCCAUCACUUCGAAGGGCGUUGGUUCUUUUGAGUUCUGCAGCUUCAUUUGGACCCGUUGCUCCGUCUCAAUCCAUAGCGACAUUGGCUGUCGGGGCAAGAAACUUGGGUCCGCGACCGCCGCUGACAAAGGCGACUUAUGGCCCACAAAGUGGUCAAAGAAUACCAGUAAAGAAGCGAAGAAAAUGAAGAGUUUCAGGAUUCAGGGCUGCAAGGAUAUUCCUGUUACGGGAGGCAACUUGGAUAUCGCCAGCUGUAAAUAA